AUGGCAGAGUUUCGGGCGCCGGAGGAAGCGAGACAAAGCGGGUUUGCAGACAACGCACUCACGGUACCCUUACCUAGCGGAGGUGCGCGAAGGCACGCGAAGCAACCCGAAGAUAUCAGCGGCCACAGGAGGAAGCGUGAAAAGAGCCGUCUGCAAACCGCAAAAGCUUACGCGGGUUCGGGGCAUGGAGGCAUUCAUGGUCCUUCUGCCGGCUUUCUGCGCCCUGUCUGGCGCAUCCGCAGGCGUCUCAACGACUGCGGUAUAACUGAUGAAGACGUCGACGGGGGUGAUCUCGCGUCAUGCCUGGACAACGCAGGGCGAGAACUGGUCGUGGAACUGUGGCUGAGCAGCAACGCCCUCACCACCCUGCCGGCGGGGAUCUUCGAGGGCUUGACGGUGCUCGACGCUCUGUGGCUGACCAGCAACGCUCUCACCACCCUGCCGGCGGGGAUCUUCGAGGGCUUGACGGCGCUGAACAGUCUGUCUCUGAGCAGCAACGCCCUCACCACCCUGCUGGAGGGGAUCUUCGAGGGCUUGACGGCGCUGAACAGUCUGUCUCUGAGCAGCAACGCUCUCACCACCCUACCGGCGGGGAUCUUCGAGGGCUUGACGCCGCUGGGAUCUCUGUGGCUGAGCAGCAACGCCCUCACCACCCUGCCGGCGGGGAUCUUCGAGGGCUUGACGGCGCUGGAACUGCUGGUGGAAGUCGAUGAUGAUGCCUCUGAUGUCGCCGACGGACUUCAUGUGGACUUGUACGGCGACGAGUGCGCGCCUGUACCGGAGUUUGCUUCGCCGGCACCUGAAUCGAGCUCAGGAGCAACUUCGCCGCCCCCAACACCAGCCCCUUCAUUGGGCGUCACCUCAACCACCAGUCCUGUAACUACGUCUACUCCCGAACAAACGUCGACCCCCGACUCUACACCUACCGUAGCGGGGAUAGUUUCUGCAGUUGCUGGGGCGGCCCUCAUCGCACUCGCUGUGUUCUUGAGGAUGCGGCGAGCCUCAAGGCAGAAAACGACUAAAAUGUCCGCGGCUCCUCCCACCCACGACGACGGCAACGUCGAGCACGGCGGCGAACAGCAGCCGGACGUCGUCCCCCCUCCAUACUCAGCAGUGGUUGUCGCAGGCAACGGAAACGACAUGGCGCCUUCCCACCAGGACAACGCAUCGCUUUGUCGCAAAGCACUGACGAUGGAAGCCGACGGAGUUGAUAGGGAAGGCAUCGUCCCGCUCCCAGCAGCAUCUGCACUCGCCGGCGAGGUGGAGGCGAGCGCUGAACAUGCUGCCAAAGAUUGUCGUGCUCGGCUCGCCAGCGCUGGCCCAGCGGAGAAGUUGCCGGCAGCCACCACUGCUACAACUUCCACUGCCAAUCUGUCGACAGCGGAGCGGGACGAGCUUUCCCAAUUUCACCAGAGAGAACGCGUAGAGGAUGCCGCGCCGGUCUCCGGCGAACUCAAACCCGAAGAAGCCUCCAGCGGCGGCCCUGGAGCCUCCUCAGCAGCUGACGACCAAAACUCGGCCGACAUCGGGCUUGGCCGCGCCGUCUUCGAGGCAGCCCAAGAACUGGCGCAUCAUUGCCAGAUCCCUGGCGUCAGCGAGGCGGCGACAGCGGUGUGCAUGAUGGCGAACCUGGUGACGGAUGGCCGCGACAACGCCAGAGCGAGUGAAUCAAGACUUCGGCAGUGCAGCACGGUCGUUAUGGCGCUCAAGCGAGCGGCGAAGGUGGCCGAUAAGGGCGGGGACACGAUCGGUGAGGUGGCGCGUGGGAUGAUUGAAGACGUGCACGGGGCCAUCUUCGAUCUAGUGCAGCUAAUAAAAACCUACCAAAGCAAGAACAAGCUUUCAAGGUUGUUCAUGUCGACGCUUUUCAAGCGGCGCCAAGAGGAGCUUAACGCCAUAGUGGACCAAGCAAUGAUGCGGCUGCAGUUGGGGCUUCAGCUGCAAGUUGGACAAGACGUGGGCGCGGUCAAGGAUAAGUUUGACUCAGUCAAGGAGGGAAUUGACCUCUACCAGCUUUCCCUCUCGGAGGCUGCAUCCGAGUCCGUGGCGGAGGCGCGUCGCGUCAAGCGGCAGCGCAAGCUUGACCAAGUCGAGAUUCCUGCGGAAUACCUGUCCAUCACAAACGAGCUGCUGGGAAAGGGAGGCUUUGGCGAAGUGUACCUGGCUGACUACAACGGCCACAAUGCAGCGGCGAAGGUGCUGCAUAUCGCCCAAACGGGCGCACUUGACGAGACCCAAAAGCAGCGGGAGGCGAGCCAGCACAGAGCUUUCUUGCGUGAGCUGGAAGCCAUGAUCCGCCUGCGGAGCCUCAACACGGUCAACGUCUACGGAGCAGUGACAUCUCUGCCAGACCGUAUGGUGCUCGUCAUGGAGCUGCUAGCCGGCGGAGAUCUCCUCACGUUGCUAAGAAAGUCCAAGAAGGCACUCCCCGGGCAGCAGUCAAGGCAAAUCAUCCGAGAUAUCUGCACCGGCAUGGCUUUCCUGCACGGCAAGAACACCGUCCACGGCGACCUCAAGUCGGCUAACGUGCUUCUGGAUGGCGACGGCAGGGCGAAGAUCGCGGACUUCGGUACGUCCCGGUGGACGCAGACCACAAACUCCACUGGUCUGGCAACGUACACCACCAGAUCAAGCCAGACCACUCUGAUGAGCAUCGCCUGGAGCGCACCGGAGGUGCUCGAGUCAGAAGGAAGCUCUUACGAGAGCGAUGUCUACAGCUUUGGGAUCGUGGUGUGGGAGGUAAUCUGCAGAGAACUGCCUUGGGCGAAAAAGACCCGUCCUCGCGACAUAUUGACGGCGGUGUUGAGGGGGGUUCGGCCUUCGUUCCACGUAGACGCUCCUGCCGACAUCGUGUACAUCGCCAAGGCCUGCUGGUGUGGGGAGCCGAAGGAACGUACCACAUUCAGAGCGAUCUUAAUGGGCAUCAAGGCAAAGGACUGGGGUGAUGAAUAG